AUGUUUCUCCGACACCGCCUGAUCAACUCAAGGAGAUAUCUUUUCAAGAAAAUCAAACUGGCCCCCUUCAAGGUCGAGUCGGAUAAAGGCCACCAUGAAUACUCCAUAACGCCCGAGACGUUUGCGUUCAAGGUUUCUGGCGACUCAAUAUCCAAAGAGAAAGCAUCCCGUGAGUCUAAGUCUUCGACAGAAAACGAUAAAGACCUCCGUUUUCCUCCCUCUGACUCCACUCAUCCGUUGCUCAGAGAGACAGGCGACAAAAAGGUCAAUCUUAUAGAGGCCAUCUACAAGAAUGCAACCAACUAUCCGUUUGAGAAACAAACACCACAAGAUGUGUUCCAGAGUUAUCCCACAACCACGUCGGCACGUAUGGCCAACUCGAAAAAACGGCCGCACCGCACGAAAAUGCUCGUUUCGGACUUCAUUGAGGACUCGUUGUACAACCCCAACUAUGGCUAUUUCUCCAAGGAAGUGGAGAUUUUCCAUACGGAGAAGCCUUUUGACUACAACAAUUUCGAGGACGCGGACGAGUUCAUGGACUCGUGGAAGGCGGCCUAUCUGAAGUAUGACGAGGCCAAGAAGACCGAAGAGAGCCCGUUCCAAGAUUUCCACAACAAGUCUGCACCACCAAUUGAGGACUCGGGGAAGACUAAGCCAGAGACGAGACUCGCAAAGUAUGCUCAAACAGUGCAAAAGCAAGAUAUGGUGGCGGCAGGCCUGUUCCCACAGUCUAAGAAGUCAUUGCAGUUGUGGCAUACUCCGACGGAGUUGUUUUCUCCAUUUUACGGAGAGGCUCUUGCGAGAUACAUCUUGGUGAACUAUAAGCUCAACGGAUGUUAUCCGUACGAGGAUCUCAUCAUUUACGAGAUGGGCGGUGGUAAUGGUACCCUAAUGUGCAACAUUUUGAACUACAUCAAGAACACAGAGCCUGACAUUUACAAUAGAACGCAGUAUAAGAUCAUCGAGAUCACCUCGCAAUUGGCGCUGAAGCAGCUUUCUCUGGCGCUCAAUCAGAAGCUUGUCUCUCGUGGUUUGGAUACAAACAAACUCGAGAUCUACAACAAGUCUAUCUUUGAUUGGGAUAUCACCGUCGAAGACCACUGUUUCUUCAUUGCAUUGGAGGUCUUCGACAACUUUUCCCAUGAUUUGGUGAGAUACGAUGCCAACACAGGCGUCCCAUAUGAGGGGCAUGUUUUGGUUGACAAACUUGGUGACUUUUACCAAUUCUAUACUCCCGAGUUGAGCUACCAUACUGAUUUAUAUUUACGUUUGAGAGAAAACGGUGCUUAUCCAAUUCUUCCUCAAACUCAAAGUUUUGGAGGCCGCUUGAAACAACUCGCAAGCAUGAUCCCCUUCACCCGCAAAGUCGAUAAUAUUCAUCCAUUACUUCAUUCUCCCACUAAAAUUGCAUGGCAGAACAAACUCUUCCCCUUGAAGGAUAACCUCACUCCUGGUGAAUUCAUACCAACACGUCUUCUUCAGUUCUUUAGAAUUCUCAAGCACCGGUUUCCUGAACACUCGCUCAUCUGUUCUGACUUCCACAGCUUUUCAAAUACCAUUCCAGGCUACUACAAUGCACCAGUGGUGCAAACAGUUCUCAAAGAUAGAAUGGUGGAUGUUUCGACGUUUAUGUGCCACCAAGGCUAUUUCGAUAUCAUGUUUGCUACAGAUUUCAACCAAGCUAGGGAUCUCUAUCGCCAAGUAACCGGAAAGUUAGCAAAAGUCGAACAUCACCGUGAAUUUUUAGAGCAAUGGGCUGAUGUAGAAGCCACAACGACCAAGAAGGGAGAGAACCCGAUGUUAGAAUUCUACAAGAACGUCAGUUUUAUGGUGAGUUGA